GUUUGAUAUUUGACAGAUAUUUAGCCACGAAGAACUUUAACAGAUCAUAAGUGAUUUGGUAAAAUUUUAUUUUUAAAAAAAAACAACAAUGUAAAAUUCUUUUAUUAGGCUAAUUGAAUUGCAUAGGAAUAUGAAACAGAACACAUUACAAUGAGUAGAUGUUCAGUGUAUAACUUCAGUGGAAUGUGGCAUAAUUUACAGAUGGGACAUGUCCCUACCACCUUUUGCCUUUGCCAAUUUUGUCACCACCAGUUUUUUGAAAUAGCUUUCAUCAGGCAAGUGCCUAAUGCAGAAGAAACAUCUCCAGUUUUUGAAGAGUUUUCAUUUCGUUCGUAUGUGUUAUAAUAAGUGGCAAUCCAGCACUGUAGUUUGUUGUAAUGAGUGCUAGUUGGUUGUUAUCAGUGACAUUGAGUGAUAGCUGGUGGUGAUGUUCUCUCGUGCAUGCCGACACAUGCUCUAUUUGCUCCGCUGUUGAGCAGCUCGCACUCCUUUCCAGUUUGAUCACAGAGCAAAAUGCCAACAGAUGUGUCCCCACCACAGGCAGAGCGUAUGUAAGCCUCCUCUAGACACGGGGCACGGACGUAAGGCUGCUAGGAUUAUCGUGACAACUGCCCAACCUUGCCCGCCAUGGUGAAGUGCCACGAACUGCCCCACACUGGAUGUUUUUGGCACCAUUCUGAGUAAAUUCUAGAGACUGUUGUGUGUGAAAAUCCCAGGAGAUCAGCAGUUACAGAAAUACUCAAACCAGCCCAUCUGGCACCAACAAUCAUGCCACAAUCCAAAUCACUGAGAUCACAUUUUUUCCCCAUUCUGAUGGUUGAUGUGAACAUUAACUGAAGCUCUAGGACCCGUAUCUUCAUGAUUUUUGUGCACUGCACUGCUGCCACAUGAUUGGCUGAUUAGAUAAUCAGCCAAUAAUCAGCCACAGACAGACGGCAUCUUCGGCGAACUGUCUUCCCAGGCCCGCGGCAGGAAAGCGGCCCGGCCUCUGGCUCGUCGAAUGCAAUGCAUGCUGUCCUCCCCGGCGACGCAUCUAACUCUGAGAAUAGAAGCCAACUCCAGUACAGUAAAACAAAAUAUACUUACUGCAUGCUCUGAAAAAGGUGUUUUUCCAUUCGUUUCAGUGGUUUGGAACAGCUUGCCUGGGCGAACCUUUAGGAAAAAUAAAACACCUUCUUGCAGCAAUUGGUCCACGGCAUCGAUCUGAUGGAAGUGAAAGAGGAAAAUCAAGAACUGAAUAAAGUGGAAGUGAAGCAUCAUCUGUAUCAGACACUUCAUGAUAUUAAAACUGGACAAAACUCUUUUAGUAAUUCACUGACUGAAAAGAUUUUCACACAAAAGAGAACUCGGAGAACAAGAGCCAAAAAUUAUUUCACAUGCUCUCAGUGUGGGAAUACUUUUACACGUAAAGCAAAUCUUAAUAAGCACAUGAGAAUUCACACUGGAGAGAAGCCUUUCACAUGCCAUCAGUGUGGGAAGAGUUUUAGAGAGGCAUGUAAUCUAAAAAAACAUCUGUCCUUGCACUCUGGAGAAAAGUCAUAUAGCUGUGAUCAGUGCUGCAAAACAUUUUCUUCAGCUUCACUCUUAAGAACACACCGUAAAAUUCAUCCAACUGAAAAGCCUUACUUGUGUUCACUUUGUGGAAAGAGUUUUUCACAGCGGAACACUUUAAAAGUCCAUCAGAAAAAACAUACCGGUGUGAAAGAUCAUGUGUGCUUUGAGUGUGGGAAGGCCUUUCACAGAGCUAAUGACUUGGAACGUCACGAAAGAAUUCAUACUGGAGAAAAACCUUACAAGUGUUCAUAUUGUGAAAAGAGUUUCACUAUUUCAGGAAACCUGAAAUCACAUGAGAGAGUGCAUACUGGAGAGAAGCCAUACAAAUGCACUUCGUGUGGGAAGAGUUUCACACAAUCAUGUAAUCUACAGACUCAUAGAAAAAGUCAUUGUCCAGGCAUGCCGCAGUAAGCAAAGUUCAUCUUUAUUUGCCUUUCAAAUAUUAUGGAAUUUAGAACAAAAUACAGAUUAAAUUUCUUUCAAAAGAACAAUUACAAUUAGCUGGGCAAUUGCUAAAUUACCUGUAGUGCUGAAUGAGCUUUCAUUCUAUGUAAGGGGUAGAAGGACAUUUAAACUUACUCAACAAACUAAAAGGAAGUCAAAGUGUUUGUUUAGAAAGCUAUUGUUGUUGAUGCUGUGAUACGCAACAAAUGUUAAAUGAUUUCUUUUAUUUAAAAUCUCUUUAAAAGUAUGUCUUCAAGAUGUAAACACACACAUCAAACAGAAGUCUAGGUGAUGGUAUCAGGGAAUGAUUGUGACUCUGGAAAUGACAUUAUUGAAGGAAAAUAAUAAACAUAGUCUGAAUUAAAAUCUAAAUGAAACUUGCAAAUAAACAAAGUUGCAGGAUUUUGAAAAAUGUAUGCCAUAAAAUAAAUUUGAAAUGUAAUUUUAAAGGUUUCGGAUAUACUUCAUUUUUGAUGAUGAUGAAAUUUGUGUCACCUGUGGUGGAACAACCUACUCCUCCCUCUUGUCUUCGUCGCCCCAACUCUGAGGGCCAUCUUUCAGCCAGGCUCACAAAAAGAGUGGCCAGGAGAGAGUUGAGGUGCAAUUUAAUAAGCAUCAUUUGGGCAACAGAUGAUGAAGCGCACCUGAUGUAAAUAUUGCCUCAUCACUGCUGCCAUAAAAAUAUUGAGCAUUUUUAACCUUUUAUGUUCAUUAUUAUUUUCAAUAAAUGUCUCUCAGAGGCCUGAUGCCACA